AUGUCACACUCACUGUAUAGAUCCGAGGACGUCUCUUUGGUGCAGUUAUACCUGCCAACAGAGUCCGUCAGGCCUGUAAUGUUGGCAUUGGGGGAAUUGUCAACUAUUCAUUUCAAAGAUCUAAAUAAAGAUGUCGUAACGUUCCAUAGGUCUUUUGUUCGAGAGAUUCGACUUUUAGAUGAAGCUGAACGUCAACUACGUUAUCUUCACUCAGAAAUUGCUUUAAACAGCAUCGAAAUUCCAGAACAUCAUCUUCCUACAAAUUAUGAAUUUACUCUAGAAACGACCGCAAUCGAGGACAUAAUUGAAAAGAUCUCUCGAUUGGAAUUGCGCGUUAGACAGCUAGUGGAGUCAAGCCGAAGUCUGAACGCAAACUAUCUUCAACAAAUGGAGUACUCAAACGUAUUAUCUAAAGUUGAUGCGUUCUUUGCAAAAAGCACCAAUGCCCAUAACCCUUUUGAUAUCAAUGCUGACAGUGGAUCCAUGAUGGUUGGAGAAGACGAUGCCACUGCUCCUCUUAUUGAAAACGCUUUAGAAUUAGGAACCACGGGCUCUUUUAACAGUGAAGAUACUAAUGCUCGAACUUCCGUUUCACUUGACUUUGUUACCGGUAUUAUCCCCUCUGUGAAGUUUCAGUUUUUGGAACGUAUCCUUUGGCGUACUCUCCGUGGUAACCUCUAUAUUUACCAAACUCGUGCCGAUGAAUCUGUUAUUCAUGGAUCUGAAGAUGUAGAAGAAAAAACAGUGUUUUUAGUUUUUGCCCACGGUACUCAAAUUCUGUCGAGAAUACGUAGAAUCUCAGAAAGCUUAGGCGCAACUCUCUUUUCCGUUGACGAAGAUUCCUCCAUCCGCACCGGACAAGUUCAGCAGAUAAACGGGAAUAUCAGUGACAUUUUCGCUGUCCUGGAAAACACUCGCUCUGCUCUUUAUACAGAACUUGCUUUUAUUGCAGGGCAUAUCUCUUCCUGGGAAUCGAUUUUACAUAAGGAUAAAACUGUUUACCAGGCUAUGAAUUUAUUUAGUUAUGAUCAAAACCAUAAAUGCCUUAUCGCCGAAGGGUGGUGCCCAACCGCUAAUCUUCCUUUGGUACAAAAAACACUUCGUGAUGUGUCCGAUCUGGUUGAUUCUCAAGCACCCUCUAUUUUAAAUAUCAUUCGCACUAAGGAAACACCUCCUACCUAUUUCCGAGUCAAUAAGUUUACUGAAGCUUUUCAAUCACUAAUUGAUUCUUAUGGUGUGGCUACUUAUCGCGAGGUAAACCACGGAAUCGUUGCCAUUGUUACAUUUCCUUUCCUGUUCGCUAUCAUGUUUGGUGACUUAGGCCAUGGUGCAAUAAUGGCUGCUGUAGCUCUAAUGUUUAUAAUGAACGAAAAAUCCCUGGCAGCCAAGAAGGAUAUGGAUGAAAUCCUAGGCAUGAUCUUUUAUGGUCGUUAUAUGGUACUUUUGAUGGGUUUAUUCUCUAUGUACGUUGGUUUCAUUUAUAACGAUUUAUUCAGUAAGCCAAUGUCUCUCUUCACUUCUCGUUGGGCAUGGCCUGUAAAGAGUGAAGAUACCAAUGCCAGAGCGAUUCAAACCGGAACAUAUCCGAUAGGCAUUGAUCCUGCUUGGCAUAGCGCAGACAAUAAUCUUUUGUUUAUGAAUUCUUAUAAAAUGAAGGUUUCCGUUGUUAUCGGUGUUAUUCAUAUGACUUAUUGUCUCUUCCUUUCUUUAUCGAAUUAUCGAUUUUUUAAACGCAAGUUGGACAUAUAUGCCGUUUUCCUUCCAUCUCUUAUAUUUUUGGAAGCAAUUUUUGGAUAUCUCGUCAUUACCAUUAUAUAUAAAUGGGGUGUCGAUUGGAAAGGUAAUGACUGGCAGCCUCCUAGCUUACUAAAUAUGCUCAUUCUCAUGUUUUUAUCACCUGGAAAAAUCGAAGAGCCCUUGUUUAGAGGACAAAAACAAUUACAAAUUAUUCUUGUGCUUGCUGCCUUAAUUUGCAUUCCAUGGCUCUUGUGUGCCAAGCCUUACUUGUUAUGGCGAGAACAUCGCCAGCAAGAAGUCCGCUAUCUAUCAGUCAAUGAUUCGCAAAAUGUUGAUGAAGAAGCCUUGCUUGAUGCUGAGAAUGAGGAGCCUCAAGAGGAAGGGUUCGAUUUCGGUGAAAUUAUCAUUCAUCAGGUCAUCCACACCAUUGAGUUCUGCUUGGGUUGUAUUUCCCAUACUGCUAGUUACCUUCGUUUGUGGGCUUUAUCACUUGCUCACAACCAGCUUUCAAGUGUUUUGUGGAAUAUGACUUUAGCUAACGCAUUUCAAAUGACCGGAGUAGUAGGCUCCAUUUUUAUUGUAAUUCUCUUCGCAUUUUGGUUUAUAGUUACAUGCCUAGUUUUGGUGGCUAUGGAAGGUACUAGUGCCAUGCUUCACAGUCUUCGUCUUCACUGGGUGGAAGGUAUGUCAAAACAUUUUGAAGGUGAAGGUUACGCUUUUACUCCUUUCACCUUUUUGCAGUCGGCGGCUGAGUGA